UGUUUCUACUUCUCCUCAGCCAUAUUCAAAUCUUCAAAUCCUGAACGAUGGAUAGUAGAUCAGGAGGAGAAUCCCCGAUUUAAAUGAUGCUGUUGCAUCGGUGCUGAUGCUGUGAAGGAUGGGUUAAUAAGGUGUGGGGUAGCAUCUCUAUGCCAGGUCAUCCAAAUUGUUAAACAAGGUCAGUUGACGUCCUACCAUGCUGUCAACAUCUUCACGUCCUCAUGAGUGACGACCUCUCAGGACUUUCCUUCGUGGACACUUUUACCUCAUCGUGUACACUUGUAGCUCUAAUGUGGUGUGACUGGUUGGUUCAGAAUAAAACAACAGAGUUGCUUCAAAACUGAAGAACCAUAACAGAAGCUCACUGCAGCAUUAAAGACAGCAGAGCUGCAGAUUAGACUGUCUGUUUAUUGUGUCGACAUUCCAUUUUAAUGUUUAUGCAAGACAGGCCUCUCAGUCAACAUUCACUUGGCUUCUGGGUGUAACUGGAUAGCAAUUGAUGCGCUGACCUUCAGACCAUCCUGCCACUAACAACAACAACAACACACUUGUACACAUGAACUCUUCUGUGCAGACGCAGACAUGCACUACUGUAGGUAAACCAGCUUCUCCUCACUGUGGUGCCAGACCUCUGGAGCAUUGUGCAUUAACAGAGCUAUUGUUAAAGCCUUAACCUUAUUGACUUACAAAUGCAAUGUUUAUUAUGAAUUUAUUACAGUGAUAGUGAUAGAAUAAGAAUCUGCAUCUGAAUUAGAAAUAAUGAUAUAUUACUUUAAUCUGGAGAAAAUAUUUACUAACAAAAAUAUGAAGCAUGAUAUCGAAAAUCAAUAAAAAAAGGAAUCCCCACUAGUCAGUUAUGUGUAUACAGUAUAUGUAUGUGUAGUUGAUUUUCCAUUUUUCAUUCAUCAUCAUUAGCAACAUCUCAAGAUGCAGAGCUCUUAUGCAUUCGUAUCACAUAUAUCUAUUAAGCAGGAGGUAUGAAACACUACCAUGAUCUAAACUACGUGUUACAUGAUAUGCCAUGUGCAGUAAUGUUAAAUCUGCCUUGUAGGCAGUAAUGUGCACCCUGCCUGCACCCUCUGUUUCACAGUUUCUGUAACCAGGAAACAGUAAGUCUUACCAUGUAGAUAUGACUCUUCCCACUCUGUUUCCUAGAGAUAACCAGCUUGUGUUUGUAGGAAAAAUGAGGACUAAUGAUUCUGUAUUUGCAUAUUUUAGCUUUAGGACCUGGGCAGGGACACAUAGAUAGUUUUUUCUCUCAUCUCCAAUGGAAACAGUUUAGCUUGAAACACUGCUAUCAUACUGUUAUGAGACAUACAGCUUUCAGGCAUGUACAUAGUCAUGCCCUAUGAGUGGAAUCUAUUUAUAUAUAUAUCCUGAUUCUGACCAUGUGAAAAGGAGGGGUUAUUAAUAGCAGACGUCUAGGUUGGUGUGAAUGCUCAGUCCUCAUUGACAUUGAAACUGUAGUAGAGCACCAGUAUUGUUUUUAUGUUGUCUGUUUGUGAACUUGGAACCCCUGAAUGUUAAGCUGCUUGGUCAACCAGGGAAGCACCAUGCUGACCAGUAUCACUGAAGGUAUACUGUGCUGCCUGACUGGGAAGGCUGCCAGUCUGGUCUUACCCCUUGAGUCAUCAGAACCCUCUGAUGGUUUUGAGUUUGUGGAGGUGAAACCUGGGAGAGUCCUGCGAGUGCGACACAUCAUCCCAGAGCGUCAGCCUGUAGUAACGGAAGAGCAACUUGCAGGCAAGGAAAAGACGGACAGCGACUAUAAUGAUGACAGUUGUCCUGAGGAUCUGAAUAAUGAGAGCAAUACAGGCAGCAGUGUCCACUGCAAGAGGAAGAUCACCGUCUACCGCAAUGGCCAGCUGGUGAUUGAGAAUCUCGGUGAUGUUUUGCACUCUGAGAUCCUGCAGUGUCAGGAUGGGGAUCUGGAGCCUUGUAGCACUGUAGAAGUGGAGCUGGCUGACUACAAAGAAAUGCCCUCUUCUCCAGACCCCAACCCCAUUUCUCCUCCAGGUCCUUCACCCCUUGGGGAACAGAAACCUGCUCCACCUCCUCGCCGCCGCCGCCGCAAGCCCAAGCGCACGGUUCUAAUUGACUCAAAGAGGGUGAUCUCAAGCUGCAAAGGGACGCAUUCGGACGUAGCGCUGUUUUUCGUGCAUGGUGUGGGAGGUUCUCUGGACAUUUGGAGCAGCCAGCUCGACUUCUUCUCUCGACUAGGCUAUGAGGUCAUUGCGCCCGACCUGGCGGGGCAUGGCGCCAGCACUGCCCCACAGAUUGCAGCAGCGUAUACUUUUUAUGCCCUUGCAGAGGACCUUCGUGCCAUCUUUAAGAGAUAUGCUCGUAAACGCAACAUUCUCAUUGGCCACUCAUAUGGAGUGUCAUUUUGCACCUUCCUGGCCCACGAAUAUCCUGAUCUGGUCCAUAAGGUGGUGAUGAUCAAUGGAGGGGGUCCCACAGCUCUGGAGCCCAGCCUAUGCUCCAUCUUCCAGCUACCAUCUUGUGUCCUGCACUGUCUGUCACCCUGUCUGGCCUGGAGCUUCCUCAAAGCUGGAUUUGCCCGUCAGGGUGCCAAAGAAAAGCAGUUGUUGAAGCAGGGCAAUGCCUUCAACGUGUCUCCGUUUGUCCUGCGAGCCAUGAUGAGUGGUCAGUACUGGCCUGAGGGGGACGAGGUCUACCAUGCCGAGCUCACUGUGCCCAUCCUUUUGGUUCAUGGCAUGUGUGACAAGUUUGUGCCCAUGGAUGAGGACCAGCGCAUGGCAGAGAUCCUCCUAUUUGCAUUCCUAAAAGUCAUUGAGGAGGGAAGUCACAUGGUCAUGAUGGAGUGUCCUGACACCGUCAACACCCUCCUCCACGAGUUCUUUCUAUGGGAGCCUGACAUGUCCAAAAAAGACAGCAGUAAGACAGACACAGAGAAGACUGUCGCUCUCAGUGACACUCUGCACACACUGAAAAUCAAUAAGCCUAUGGACAAAUAACCAACAAGGAGUAUAGUUUUAUCACAGAACCAAGCAGAGGGCCUUUUUUGGCAUGUGUUCUUCAAGGCUGCUCCCAGGCUGAGAGCUGUUAUAAACAGGGCCACAUCUUAAGGAUGCGGAUGGCCACUGGUGCUCAAAGAUAAAGCAGGACUUAGGCAUGGUGCCAACAAGAGGACGAUGGAAUUGACAUAAAGAUGAGAGGAAUGGAUGCAAAUACACAGUCAGUUUCUGCUUCGCUUUUUGAUACCAGUUUGUGCUCCAUUGCGUCAUGUUCGCACCGACACCUGGAGAUCAAAAGGACUAUGCCCAUUCGUGAUUUGUGUAUGAAAUGUUUCGGGUGAAGAACUGACUACUGCAAGAUGCAAGAAGCAUAAAAUCCAUGAAAUGGUGUGUGAAUAUCCUCACCUUAAUCUUAAAUAUUCUGUAAAAUACUGCAGAGCUUCUGUUCUACCUUUACAAAAUGGUCUUACAUAUGCUUUCAGUUGGAAACUGGCAAAGUGAUAUGUAGUGAAUUGAAGAAUUACACAGCUGAUUUGCCAGUAUGAUGGUGAAGUACAGCUUAUAAUAAAACUCAAGUGUUGAUAAUAAUAGUUUAUUAUCAAAUACUGUCUGGGUGGCAGUGGGAAAUGGGUUAAAAACAUUACAUAUAUACCGAUGCAAAUGUAAUUAAUAAUUGCACCACAUAAAUUACAUUAUGCCACACAUAAUGUGAAAAACACAAAAAUUAAUCACUUGCAAUCCAGCCACCUAUUAACCACAUCCAUACAAUAUGCAGUGUACACCAUCUCAAACAUGAAGACUCACAAUCACAGCUUUCCUCAACACAAUUGGCUCAUCUGUUUCCAAAUUACAGCAAUUUAGUUUCGAUAUAUUGAACUCUAAUAUAAAUCUAAAUCCAAAAAGCUAUGUGUGUCUAUGUUAAGCACAAUGUAACCAAUUCAUAGUUGCAUGAAAAUUAACUAAUAUUCAGUGAGAGAUGUUUCUGAACUGGUUGCAAAAACAGAUGUAUACAAACAUGCCAAAAGGUUGUCCUCCUUUAUUCUAGCAGCCUUUUCUUCAAUAGUAUAUAAUAUCCUAAGGAUACAAAGUACCGAGGCCCUGCAUGACUUCAGAAUAUGAGAAGGUGUGAGGGUUGUUUCAGACAGUUGCAAUAUAUUCUCAUAUUGAAAAGGUCCCAGUGCACUCCUCUCUAAUCAAAUAAGUGUUCCUUGUAUGUGAUUUAAGUAUUAUUUUGCCUUUAUUCUGAAAUAACAGCAACUGCCAUAACAAAUUGUGGUUGUAUUGACCGCUUUAAGCUGUUGUGUCUAUAAGCUGAUAAAUGCAAAACAAGAGUAUGUGUCCCUUACUACUCUCCAGUCCACCCUAUUUAUCUAAUAUUGUCUGAGAGAAUGAGCUAAACAUUAUGCUCACUGAAAGACGUGAAUUCAUGGGUGCUGCUUUGUCUCAUAGUGGGACAGUAAAGUGCGAGUAAAAGCACAGUCAAAUAUACUCCCUGACAGUGCUCAUCUGCUGACUGGAUAGUUUAUACUGUUUUGAGUGGCAGAAGGUGUAAAUUGGUGGAUUUGAGUGUCCAAAGCUUGUCCAAAACAUGAGUCAGCCAAAGGAGAAAGUCCCCUAAAAAGAGGAAUUUGUACUGACCAUGCUGGUCUGUUAUAUGUGCAUUUGACAGAAUGCGGAUGCAACAUGACUGAUCUUAUGCAACUGGAACAAAAUAGAGAGAAAUAGAGAGGAAAUGAACUGACCUGGCACUGACACCUCAAAAACAUUAUAUAUUCUCUAUGGACUUUCCAAAAACCAACAAGUGCUGCUGAUGCAAUGUACUGUAUGUCUCCUUUGGUGUAAAAGGUCAGUAAAACUGUAUGGACUACAGGGUGCACAUGUACUUCCUCUUAUGCUAAAAGUGUGCAUAUACAAAUUGUCAGUGCUCAUAUGUGCUAUAUCUUUUUGUGGUUAACAAAAUGUGUUAAUGUUAUUGUUGCAUUUAUUCAUGGGAAUCAUAAUAUAUGCACUGCCUGAAUGUAGAUGCAUAUAACAUUAUAUAGCCUAUCAAAUGGUUUCAGUGUAUGAACGUGCCUUUCCUGGCAUGAAAUAAAAUUCACAGUCUACAGGUGA